CAAAACAAGUUCUGUUGACAGCUAGCUUGAUGUUAGCUAGUCUUGCGUCAACAACGGGUCUUGGCAAAUCCCUGACCGACUCGUGUUUUUACACGUCUGCUGGACAUCUUUUAUCCAUGCAGUGUAACGUUAUAGUGUCAGUGUGAGACAUGCAGGAUAGGUAUAGCGAGAUAGGCUUUGUCCAGCAAAUACUCGGUUUGAAUUUAGUGCCGAGAAAAAAUGGCACACUCCGAGGCAACGACACGUCUCUCAGCGACUUCUCAGAGAUGUGGUACGGAGUGUUUUUGUGGGCAGCGGUCUCCUCUCUGGUGUUCCACCUGCCUGCAGCUCUGCUCUCCCUUGCGACGCUGCGCCAGCACAAGAUGGCCCGAUUCAUGCCCAUCGCCAUCCUCCUCAUGGGCAUCGUGGGACCAGUUUGUGGGGGAGUCCUCACCAGUGCAGCCAUAGCAGGUGUAUAUAAGGCAGCGGGGAAGAGGAUGAUUUCUUUGGAGGCUCUUGUUUUCGGUGUUGGACAGUCGUUUUGUGUCCUCAUCAUCUCCUUCCUCAGAGUACUUGCCACCCUUUAGCAGUGCUGAGGCCCAUCUGGCCGGCCCUGAUGCUGCCGUGUGAGUCUGACACCAGUUGCACCUCCUCUUGACGGGACCUGAGUUUAUCAUGGUACAAGACUAGAUCCCUGGUAUAUCCUGGGACACAUGUAAACCAGUCAGGCCCGGGACAUGAUGUCAUUUCCUACUGAGGGACCAGGACCAGAGCGGAUUUUAUUCAACUAUCACAGAAAGAGCAGUGUGUACAGUGGAGGUGUGUGUUAUACAGCAUUUAGCCUUCUGACUUGCUCUGUAUAAUGUCCACGGGACAGCACAAUGCUGCAUUCACAUCACGGAGCACACACUACAUACAAUAUAAGAUGUUUAUUUAAAAAUUCUCUGGCAGUGUUUCCUCAGUUUAUUCCAAAGUUAAGAGAAACCCUUAAAGGACCAGUGUGUAAGAUUUUGGGGGUUCUAUUGACAGAGUAUGGCAGAAAUUAAAUAUAAUAUUCAUAAGAAUGUCUUCAUUAGUGUAUAAUUACCAGAAAAUAAGAAUUGUAUUUUCAGUACUUCAGAAUGAGCUUUAUAUCUACAGAGGGAGCAAGUCCUCUUCCACAGAGUCAGCCCUGUUUGCACUGCCAUGUUUCUACAGUAGCCCAGAAUGGACAAACCAAAUACUGGCUUAGAGAGGGCCUUUCGUGUCUUUCGUGAGUUUCACAGCCACUCUAGGUUUUCCUACAGGCUUGGAAGGGUAGGGUGAGGCCAGGGGUAUUCAGUUGUUUGCGACUUUAUCGCUAGAUGCCACUAAAGCCUACACGCUGGUCCUUUUUUAAAUAAUCAUUGAUAAAUAACUUUGCAGUUUUCCUGAAAGAUGUGAAGGCAGCUGGAUUCAGUUCUUCCCUGUUGUCAGGGUUACAGGUUAGCAACAGGAUGGCACUAACCUUUCUCAGGGCCUGUGUGUGUCACUAUGAGUCUGACAACAGUUUGACUCCAUGCAUUGACCGCAGGGAGACAGGACAACAGGCAGGUCGGUGCACUGUUGAAACAGGAAGGUGAUGGUUAUAUGCAAGAUUCUGGCUUUUUCCCCUGAGGCCUUAAUAUCUAUUUUCUAACUUCCAAAGUGGUGUUUAUCUUCAGGGCUGUCUUUCUUUAGCACUCUUGCUGCUGCUUUUGUUCUUCCUCAUACUUUUUGUUCCAAGUAAUCUUGAUGUCUAAUUAAGUCUGAAAGCCUGAGAUUGUUGUUAAAUUGAAUUUAGUGAGAAGCACCAGCAUACAAGUGAAGAGAAUUGUAAUUUUGUUUAGUCCUGAUCACAGCCCUGCAAAUGUAUCCUAGAGAAUGUCUUCAGUUUGUUUAUGCGCGCAUCUUCAUCAUUUGUUUAUUUUUUUGGAGUGAAUAGAUCAAGGUUUGAACACGGAGCACCAGGAUGGUCCGUUACUAAACAAACCCAAAAUGAGAAGAGCUUUUGAGGUCUUUGUUUUACAGGUGUGCCAUUUCAUAACAGUGAACUUUGUAUGUAAUCUAAAUUGUUUGCGGUUCUUUGGAGCCAUUCAGUCUUUAUGAUGAAAUAUAAAUUGCUGUUUUAUUUUUCUGCACUAAAUGGCCGUAUGAUAUUUCAACAGAACACUCCCCUGUAGUUUUUAUGGGCUCAUGAAAUUCCUACAGUCUUUAGUGGCUGCUUUUAGUUGCUUUUGUUAGCUGACCGGUUUUUUGAAAGUAGUAUCAUAUGUGCAACUUGCAUAAACAGACAUGAGUUAACUCUA